CCUGCUCCAGUUUUUCAGGCAAGUCCAAGAAAGGAGGAGACUUCAGGAUAACUUCCUGCAUAACAAGCCUGAAACCACGGCUAACCGACACUUUUGUCGGGGUAUUUUUUCAGGGAAAGGCAAAUGGUAAUAACACAACCAUAGCUUGCUCGUCGGGAUUUAAUUUGCUAAAAUAAAGACUGUAUCUUAACAAACAUACAUAGCUAGCAUUGAUGCUGCUAGCUGGCUAACGUAAGCAGCCGGAUAGUGCAUUCCAAACAUCGGAUAGUGAAACGGCUGGGUCCACGGCGAAGGACAUUAUGGAGGUGGUGGUGGUGUACGAGUAUGCGGCGCAGCAUGAGGAUGAGCUGACCCUGCGGCUGGGAGAGGUGAUCAGGAGCGUGUGCAGGGUGGAGGAGGAGGGCUGGCUGGAGGGAGAGCUGAGCGGCAGGAGAGGACUCUUCCCCGACAACUUUGUAAAGGAGGUGAAGAGGGAGGAGGUGAAGGAGGAGGCUGUGCGCAGGGAGAAGAGUGGAGCAGGGAAUGUGGCCAACCUGGUCCAGAGGAUGAGCACUUAUGGUCUUCCAGCUGGGGCCUUCCAGCCCAGCUCCCAACCACGCACGCCCCGCAAGAGUAAGGCUGUGUGUUUGUCAUGUUUGGAAGUUGCUUUGCCAAUCCCAUCAUUACCAUCCGCUGCAAAGCCCACCCACUCAGCCAGCCAGAGAGAUGACGGGGACAGCAGAGCUAAAGUGAGAGAGCUCUGCAAGGCCACCUUCGCCUUUGAGGCCACCAAUGACGACGAGCUCACGCUGGUGGAGGGAGACAUCAUCCACAUCCUCAGCAAGGAUACCGGGGAGCCAGGCUGGUGGAGAGGAGAAAUCGGGGGGAAGGAGGGUGUGUUCCCCGACAAUUUUGUGGCCUUAUUGUCCGACGGGGAGAAAGAGACUUCAACUCCAAGAGGAUCCGUCAAACUGCCUCCCAAACCUGACUCAGAAGAGAGACCCAAGAAGCCCCCACCGCCAUCUAAGAACACAGCUCUCAAACCCGAGGUCCCAAGUGCAGACAAGAAACCCUCUCUGCCCCGGCCAGAGGACCGCGGUGACAAGACGGUGCCCGACCCGAAGGCCAAACCCUCCGCCCCUGUGGUGCCCCCUAAGAAGCCCCUGGCCCCCCCGGGCAAGGGCCGGCCAGGCAGCCUGCCCCCCAAGCGCCCCGACAAGCCCCUCGCACCCUCACCUGGAGCCAAACACAAUGGAGAGGUGCCUUCACAGAGACCAAAGUCUGACUUUGAGCCCAUGUUACCUAGCAAACCAAACACCCUGUCUGCAGACUGGGGAGAGAAGGCCUUGGACAUGGACCUGCUAGGGUUUAGGGACCUGUCUCCAGGCUCAGAGAAGCUGUCUCACCCCACGGCCAGCAGGCCCAAGAUGCCUGGCAGGAGACUUCCCGCACACUUAGGAGCACACUCACCAAACAAGGAUGUCUCACCGGAGAAGUCCUUCCUGGUGGAGGAGGAUGACUCUGCCAAGCCCACACUGCCAGACAGCAGGAAGCCUAUGGUUUCCACGUCCAUGCCUGCUCUCUACCAGUCCUCCGUCCUGAAGCACAACCCCUCCAGCACCGGGGCGGUGUCGGAAUCCAAACCCUGUGCACCCUCGGCCCCCAGCUCCAUCCCUGCUUUUACCUCGGCCCCUGCUGCCACACCUGCCCCUGGCCCCGGCCCCAGGGCAGAGCCAGCACCUGCCCCUGGCCCCGGCCCCAGGGCAGAGCCAGCACCUGCCCCUGGCCCCGGCCCCAGGGCAGAGCCAGCACCUGCCCCUGGCCCCGGCCCCAGGGCAGAGCCAGCACCUGGCCCUGGCCCCGGCCCCAGGGCAGAGCCAGCAGAGCAGGGGCCCCUGCUGGAGGAUCUGCGAGCUCAGAUCAAGGACCUGCUCCUCUCUGUGGAGCUGCUGAAGACCCAGCAGAUGAGAGAGAUCGCGGAGCUGAGGGGAGAGCUGGAUGAGGAGAAGUUGAAGCGUGUGGCACUCCAGAUGGAGGUAGAGAAAUUAAAGAGGAUGGUUCAGUCCACGUGAAGACCACCACCUGUGACCCCGCUAGCAGCCCGGCCCCUGCUAGGAGGAGCAGGAGGAGGAGGAGGAGGAGGAGGAGCAGGAGGAGGAGAAGCAGGAGCAGCCCGGCCCCUGCUAGGAGGAGGAGGAGGAGCAGGGCGAGGAGGAGGAGGAGGACGACUACUCCUCACAGAUCUAUUCCACAUGAGUUAUUACAGAUCUAUUCCACAUUUGUAAAGAUUUAAAUUUUUGCACAUAUUAAGGUUUUUCUAGCUAUGGAAGAAGGUGGAAUUAGGACCAAGAUGUGUAUACUAUUAUGUAUAUUUUAAUUUUUUGUUUUGCCAACACAACUGAUCAAGGCCUUAAAUACUACUGUGCUGGUUUGUCAGCCCCCCCUCCUCUCCUGUCCUUCCUGUGGUGGUGGGGGGGGGGGGGGGGGGGGCUUGCUUUACUACUGACUCAGUAUAAACAAACAGGAGGAAUCUUUUCUUAUUUUUUAUGACGUGCAGGUAGAAAAAGAAAUCUUGGCCGAAAUCAUGAUUUUCAUGAUAACAAAGAUCCAUAUUAGCCUGUGAGAUGAACUGUUGUGAUGCUGCCCUCUCUGCUGCUGCAGGGAUGUCCUCACAGUCACUGGGGAGAGAUGGUGGUGGUGUUUGUUUUCUAACAUUCCUAUCCAGGGUAACACUAAUGUGCCUGUUCACAAUGACUCAACAGUUAUUGUUGAUAUUGGGAGCUUACAUGUAUCAGAUGCUUUAGAUGGCAGCAUAAUGUAUUUUAUUAAAAGCCUACUGACCUGCCUAGUCACAUAUUAUAGAAAGCCCUGUUUUGGUUACUGAUGCUUGCUGUGUCAGUCGGUUUCCUCUCAGACAGAGCAGGUCAAGACUCUCUAACGGUGCAGGAUAUAGACUAUAUGUUUAAUACCAGAACAUACAGCCAGCAAUAGUGAUCUACUUGAAACGAACACAAGUUGUUUGUAAGAAGCUCUCAUCCUCUGGCUGGCUGCAGCUCUUUAAUGCCAAAUGCCCUCAACUGUCUCUUCAUACAGAAUACCGUUCUGUCUGUUUCUAAGACUGAAGGACUAUGGUCUGUUGGAGCAGACAGGCAGCUGUCAGAUGUAAACCAGAUGUAUACCAGGUAGGGCAGGUGAGGUGUGGUCUACAUCAAGGUUAUGUUCUGUGUGUCUGUGUGCGUGUGUGUAAGAGCAUUAAUCACAGAAGCGCUGUCAUGGUUAUGGGUCCGUCCAGACCAGCGGAGGAUUAGGCAUUGGAGACCAGGAGGUUAGGGUUCGGGACUGGAGACCAGGAGGUCUGUUGGUGCUGGUAAUGCUGCAUGACAUUGCUCAGACAAAUCAUUACAAACACCUGGAGCUCCGAUCUCAUGGAGGAUAGAAGCUGUAUAUUGUUCUUUUUUUAUUAACUCAGGGUUUACUCCCCUGCAAACAUGAACAACAUUUGUUCCUUGUGGAUUCUGUACCGGAGGCUGAAUAAAGUCUUAUUUUAGUUAAAUAGAUAUACAUAUGCAUAUAUGUAUUAUACAGAUCUCACUAAUUUCUUACCUAGGAAAUUAACUCUGCAUAAGUACUCCAUAGAAGCCCUGCAAACAUACCGGCUCAUCCCUAAGGAGCGAUCCCGUCUCAUCCCUUCACUUGUCUUUGGUUGUGUGUGUGUGUGUGUGUGUGUUGGAGGGCAAGUUUGCUUGUGUUUUCUGGGAGGGUGGGUUAUUGUGUUGGCCUUGUAAACCGCUCUCUGGAUCACUGCAGGGCCAACGAACCUGUUGGCCAUAAAGCAAUAACAAUCUUUAGUGUCUUAACUCCUCUCCUACUGGCUGCUUAACGCUGAGGUCCAGCAAGAAGAUAAUCACUCAAAGAUGAACAGCUAAUCAUGUCCAUAGCCUUCGUUGGGCUAUAUUAUAAUGUACAUUCCCAUAUUUUGACAAUAAAAGGAUAAGAUGACGUGCACAUUUAACAUCUUUCUAGGUGAUCUUGUUUACAUGUGCUGUAAAAAACAAAAAAACAAAUGCAUGAACAGCGAUUUUCUUUCUUCCUAAAUGAAUAAAUAUCUUUAUUUACUGUCA